AUGCCUUCCCUCGGUCAAAGCUUGGCCCUGGUGUACGUCAUCGUAGUCCAGGUGCUCUACCUCUCCUUCGGCACCAGAGGAGGAAUCAUCAUCGACCUCAUUCUGACCGCUUUUAUAGCAGUCCCCGUCACCGCUGGAAUCCGGCUCAUUGCCUCCGCCAUCAGCCCUCGCGCCAGCAAGACCGUCCUCCCUGGUCGUCCUAUCGAAUACUACAUGACAUUCAAGCAUCCGGCAAAUGUCAAGUACCGCGGCAAGAGAAAGAUCCCGAUGGCUACCUUCUGCCAGAUGCAGCUCGAUGGAGACAGACAUGACUGGGCUUCUUUCCGCCUGACCUUCGGUCUCAUCUACUUCGUCCUCUUCAAGCUCAUCCCAAAUGUUGUUGAGAAUCUCUGCUUUCAUAAUGACGGAGAUAUCCAUCCAGCCCACGAGGAACUCGAUCUAGGCAUACUCCGCGGCUUCCUGGGACCCCGGAUGAUGUACACUUCAGGUCUCGUCCGCGACACCAACAAGCAAGAGUUCCUCGAGGAACUCGAGAACAAUAAGCUCGGCGUCAUCUGCGAAAAGAUCCACCUCAAUCCGUACGACAGAGUCCUCAGCGUCGGCUACGGGUGGGAAGCGUUCGCCAACUACGCCCGUCGUAUCUUCCCUCACGUCCCAUCCACUGGUCUCAACCACGUCGCCGAGUACACCAACAUCGCUCCCAUCAAAGGCGGCUACAAGAAAAUCGUCUGCACGUAUCUAGCCGAGCACAAAGGCCCCGACAACUUCAUGGCUCUGCACAACGGCCCCGGCGAGUACUCAGACUUUUUCGAGCCCAUUCAAGGCCUGCUCGCCGACGACGGCAUCUUCUUCCUCGAGGUCGCGGGCGGUAAUGAGUCCUGGCAGUACGAGGGUCUCGUAUGGAGACUCCUGAUGGUCAGGUGCGUCUGCCCCGACGCCGUCCCUUAUGCCUCGCUCGCAUCCUUGAUCAACCAGCUCGAGACCGCCGGCUUCAGAGCUAAUAGUGUGGAAAACGUUGGUCGCCACUACUCUGAGACGGUUCGGAAGUGGUACGGUAACUUUGUGCGAAAUCGAGAGGCUCUGAUGGCCAUGUAUGGCCCCAAGAUCUACCGGACAUUCGAGUUCUUCCUGGCUUACCUGAUCAUCAUCUUCGAUCAAGGCAGCGCCAACACUUACCAGAUUGUCGUCACCAAGAAUCCCAGUUCUGUCGACCGAACCAAGUCUGAGCCUGUAGUUGAGGAGUCUUCUUGGGAUCUCUGCGAGUAG